AUGUCAGUUCGUAAGAGGACAUUCAGCAUGACUGAAUCUGUGGCUCCCUACAGAAAGCCUGUUAUAAGUUCAUCCCGGCGGAGUUCUUCAUCGGGUCAGAAUAAUAUAUCUUUUUUUAAUAAAGUAAAAUCGUUUUUCCAAAGCGAUGGCAGUCAGCCUUUGCAGUGUAAUACAGAAAAUGGAAACAAAAAUCUAUAUUCAGUGCCGGGUGGGUUCUACAAUAAUACAGAUGCCGGACAGUCGGUUUUGAAGCUUUCUACGGAUAAGGGUCCAGGGGAUCAAGUUUUGGGGGCCCUGAAUCUAUACAGCGACAACGAUAAUAAUAAUAAUGAUGAUGAUGCUUAUGAGGAUGACGCCAAUGCUUCUAAUGCGAAACUAGCCCAGUUUUUCCGCGAGAAAGGUGAUGCGCCAUUAACGGAAAUGGAGUAUGAAGGCGUAAUGUCUCUAAUCAAGAGGAGCAAGUCAGUAUCAUCAACACCUGCUUCCAAAAAGUCGGUGCUUACGAGAGAUGUAAAUGAGAUAAAAGUUUUACGGUCUAAGUCAGAUAACCACUCGGGUACACAACUAAGGGCAGCUUGUUUCAAGCCAAAAUAUGGUGAUUCCGUGUCAUUGGCCGAUGCAUCUAUAAGGAGGUCGGCAUCUUCUACGACUAGGCGUAUCUUUGAUUAUUCAAGGUUGCCCUCUCCAUACAGAACUACUGUUUACAAAUAUAGUGCGGCCAGGGUUCCAAGGUCACAAAGUUCAGUAAAGUCUAGAAAAAUUAGUGAGAACCAGGUAAAGAAACCUAGCAAGGAAGUAUAUACCCCAAAGAAGUUGAGCCAUACCGCAUCUGCCUUGAUAUCUUUACUAGACGGCAACGAUAACUCACACACAGUGGAAACAAGCGCCUAUGCUGGUUUGUCCAACCCUUACUCGUCCCACGUUUCACAUAUGCAAAAAAGUAAGAAGCUAACGGUACAAAAGACCAUGGAAUCUACAGGUAAACCUGGGGCGGUUGAACCAACUCCAGCGCCUGUGAAAUCUGCUGCUCUUGAUGAACUUUCCAAUUCUAAAUUUUCAGCUCCAGCGCCUUCGGCGCCCCCUAUUGUAACAACAGGCCUAUCAGGCCCAACAGCACCAACACAACCUAUGUUUGCAUUCAAACCUACUAAACCAUCUUCGCUACGUGUUGAGGUCACUGUUGAGAAGUCACCUGAAAAGGAAGCCAAAGCCCCUGUACCUCAAAGCUCAACAUUUAACUUUUCCUUCAGCAAGCCAGCAGCAGGGUCAGAAUUAGCGGCUUCGGAAACCACCCCCCUUUCAAGGACCAAACCGACGGUUCCACCAUUUAACUUCCAACCUGUAAAGCCAGGAUCGCUAUUAGGUCAUCAUCAGCAUCCAACAACAACAAGUUCUAUAGAAAAUAACAGCGAUCCUAAUAUUUUUCAGGGCAAUUCUUCUGAUACCAACAAUAGCUCACAAAAGGCCAAAGUAUUUUACCAGAAUUCCACUAGUAAACAGGGAAGUAAAGAAACCAUUGAUAAUAAAUUUAAGGUGCCUUAUCAGCCUGCCGUUGCAUUCUCUUUCUCCAGCCCAGGUAAUUGUAUGGUAGACACAAAAAAUUCAAUCCAAAACAAUUCCGUAUCGCAGCCCACUUCUGACCGGAUGGAAUUUGAUUUUGGCUCUUUACCAGUGUCGGGCGUUGAUCCGAAGAGUGUUGAUGAGGAGAAAGUUGAGAAACUAAAAUCAGUGUUCCUCUUCUAG